AUUAUAUAGCGUCUAAUGUUAGGAGUGAUACGAUGGUUAAUGAAAUGGAAAGCAUGUGGAAAGAAAUGGUAAAUUCUUGGUUAUAAGGUAUUACCCAGGCAAUUGCCUAAGGGAGCCUUGGGAGACCACGAAAGUCUGUCAUGAAGGUCAUUAUUCGGGCCGAGGCUGAGAAUUGAAGCUGGGACCUUCCAAUUACGAGUCAGGAAUGCUAAAUACUUGCCCGCGACUUUCGGCGUCUUAUUCUCUAACAUUGCCGGAAAUUAAAUUAUUCUCUUGAACAGAGUGGUUUUCCAUUGUUGAAAGCAUUUGUACAACAUGCUGUUGAUAGAAAGGAGAACCAUGUACACAUUAUUUGUUAUGAGCAUCCUACAGGAAAGAUGAAAAAUGGUUUGAAGAAUAGUGGUGAAGAUCAUGUGCAUUUUCAUGAUUGUUUUACAGACCAUCGGGGCUGGAUUGAGAGUCAGAAGAAGGAAAACAUUAAAUCUGGUGUUAACACAAGAGGCAAUAGCCUAUUGUCUGUUUUACAAAGUUCACUGGUCACAAGUACAAAUGACUGUGUUGUAAUUAUUGACUCUUUGAUGCCUCUCAUCUACUAUAAUGGCUUCACAAAAUGCUAUCGUGAACUUCAUUCUCUGCUUACCAAAUCUGUAAAUGGAUUAGCUGUAUCACAGGUUGUAUGCCUGGUUCAUAAAGAUACAUUACCUGAUGCGCAUGCAGCAUUGCCACAACUGUGCCAUCUUGCAGCUACUAUUGUCAGAGUUGGCCCAUUCACACAAUCUUCAAGAGGAAACCCCAUUGCCCAUAUAAUACAUAAAAAACAAGGAGGAAAAGUGUUAAAACGGGCAGAAUAUUAUUUCAUAGAUGCAGAUAACAGAGUGAAGUCCGAAGACUUGACAGUGGUUGUACCAACCACCACAGGAAUGAAUAAAGAGAUGAUUGAUGACAGUAACUUGCCACAGAACUUGACAACAUUCAAGCUGAGUCUUGGUCAGCAAGAAAAGCAAGCCAGGAGUCAGCUUGUUUUGCCAUAUCUCAGAAGGGUAAACAGCGAGAAGGGAGGAGAAGUGUUCUACCAGCCUGAUGCUGCAGAUGAUUGGGAUGAAGAGGAUCCAGAUGAUGAUUUGGAUAUAUGAGGAAAUUGCUGUGUAUACUCAAUGAUUUCAGUGGGUGUCUAUAGUGAACAGAAAAUUUCAGUCUUUCCAGUUUCUGACAAACUGCAUUGUAUAGUUGUAGACUGUAUUGCUGACAUUUUUGAGAUCCUUAGUGUAUCCAUCUUCAAGGUGAAGUGAAUACUAAUACUUAUGGUGAUCAUUAUGAUAGAGUAGUAAUGUUUAUCAGAUCAUUUAUUUUUGUGAGGUUUGUGAUUUAUGUAAUGCAGAGGUGUAAAUUUCAGCUGUGGGCAGAUGACAUUUGUAAGACUUAAAACUUUUACAAUAUGUGAAUGUUAUAAAAUUUUCUUGGGUGAUUAGCCAUGUCAGUGUUGAGUCAUAUGCCAAUGUUUCAGAGACUAGCUUUGGCUACAUCAUCUGAUUAAGGAAUGACCAAAUUUUCUAAUAUAUGUAUGUCAAUAUU